UUUUUUUUCUGCUCAACUCAUACUGGCUACCGCCCCGUCAAGCUUUCUCAACGUCCCUCAGUCAGCUUACUAGAUCACAACGCAGUCGAAACUGAUAUCAUGCGGCUAUUACAUACCAGUACAUUUGAAUUGCGAGAAUUCUCCGGCACAGACAUACCUCCUUACGGCAUUCUGUCUCAUACUUGGGGGCGCAACGAGUUCACAUUCAGAGAUUUCCAACAAGCUGGAUUCCGCGGUGGGAUCACGAAAAUCGAUGGCAUGUGCCGUGCCGCUCAGAACCAAAGACUUUCUUGGGUCUGGAUAGACACUUGUUGCAUAGACAAGAGCAGCAGCACAGAGCUAUCUGAGGCCAUCAAUUCUAUGUUUGCAUGGUACAGACAGGCUGCAAUAUGCUUUGUUUACCUCGAAGAUGUUCCCGGGAUCUUUGCCAACAGUCGCUGGUUCCGUCGCGGUUGGACCUUGCAAGAGUUGCUGGCAGCGACCACAGUGUUCUUUUACGACCGGUCCUGGAACUUCGUGGAGUGGAUCGAGAAGUCCGGUGACGUUGAGGGUAGAUCCCAUCCAUCGAGAAUGGUACUCGGGAAAAGGAAGAUAAGCCAAGUCGACAAUGAGAGCUUCGACAUGAAUUCCAAUAUGAACAACUUCGCCUCGGCUCUCGGCAGUAUAACGAACAUAAACCUCAUUGCGUUAACCAGAAAGUUCGAAGAUGUGCAUCAGUCCUUUUCAGUGGCGGAGAAGAUGAGUUGGGCAUCAAAAAGAGAGACAACUCGUUUAGAGGAUAAGGCUUACUCCCUCAUGGGCCUGUUUGAUGUGAAUAUGCCGUUGCUAUACGGAGAAGGUGAAAAGGCUUUCUUUAGGCUCCAGGAAGAAAUCAUCAAGAAGACUGAUGACGAAUCGAUAUUUUCUUGGGGCUAUGGAGAACCUGCUCGGUUCGAAGGGGUCGAGACCGCGGGCAACACCCCGCACUACUAUCUAACGAACAAAGGUCUGCAUAUUCAGACACGAUUCUCAAGUCCAAAACUAAGUAUGGGAACUUUCAUCUACGCGAUGAUACACUGCACGGACAGAUAUUUGACUUCGGGGAAAAGUCGCAUAGCUAUUCCUCUCUACUAUGUGGGCAACCUCAUCAUCCGCCCACCUGGCGCCGUACCUCUGUUGAUUGACGAAACCGACCUCGGUGCGGACGCUAUCUAUCUUUACAUCCACGUUUCAGGAAGUUUUGACAGCUUCAAAACAGACUUUCCAAGGCCGGGACAUAUGUUAAGACGGGUGGAAAAGUCUACAACAGUUCAAUUCACUAGCGCCCCGGGCAACAUCAAGCUUGCAGAGGUGUAUCCACCUACCUGGUAUCCGUUGUGUACCACGUCAAAGUCACUGAUAGUAGUACAAGAUUUAGCGUCACCAACGACAUCGGCUACUGUCUGGAUGAGAUUUUGGGACCUAUCUUCUGGCCUCGAUUUCGCCUUACGACUAGAUUUGCCACAGGAAGUGGAGAAUGAAUUAUACCCAGUGCAGGAUUUAUGAAUAAAUACGAAGUAAGGUAUAACCAACGGAAGUCCUCUGUCCGGAAACACAGGUGCUAUCGCAAUUGGCGUUUAACCCCCAAGCUCUCGGAGUUACC